UCCUCCUCCUCCUCCUCCUCUCCGGCCAGGCCCCGUCCCGGUGCCGCCGCAGCCUCACGGGACUUGUAGGCGGCGGCGAGCGGGGCCGGAGCCUGUCCCCGGGGCGGCCCGGCCGCGACAUGGCGGCCGCCGCGCAGAGCUGCAAGUGUCACAGAGAAGAAUAACCUUCAUCAGCCCAGUGGUCAUCGAGGAUAUGGACUCUGCUGUUGUUAUCUAGAUGGAUGAAAAGGUUAACAGCCCAGAAGGGGAGCUACUUUGGUUUUCAAGAUGGCAGCAACAUGGUGGUGAAAACCAGCUGCAGCGGAUUAUCAGGGACUUGCAAGAUGCUGUUACUGAAUUAAGUAAAGAAUUUAAAGAAGGAGGGGAGCCCAUCACAGAUGACAGUGUCAACUUGCAAAAAUUCUCCUACAAGCUUGAGUAUCUUCUACAGUUUGAUCAGAAAGAAAAAAGCACAUUGCUGGGGAACAGAAAAGACUACUGGGAUUAUUUCUGCGACUGUCUGGCAAAAGUAAAAGGAGCUAAUGAUGGAAUCCGUUUUGUCAAGUCUAUUACAGAACUACGAACAUCUCUUGGGAAAGGAAGAGCAUUUCUGCGUUACUCUCUGGUUCACCAAAGGCUAGCAGACACCUUGCAGCAAUGUUUUAUGAACACCAAGGUGACCAGUGACUGGUACUAUGCAAGAAGUCCAUUUCUGAAUUCCAAAAUGAGUUCUGACAUUGUGGGUCAGCUGUAUGAGCUCACUGAUGUUCAGUUCGACUUGGCAUCACGAGGCUACGAUCUAGAUGCUGCUUGGCCAGCAUUUGCCAGGAGGACGUUGUCCUCGCUUGGGUCUUCAGCAUAUUUAUGGAAGCCCCCAAGUCGCAGUUCCAGCAUGAGCAGUUUAGUGAGCAAUUACUUGCAGGCUCAAGAGUUUCCCUCCAGCCCUGAUGCAAAUAACUCAAUAAAUGUUGAACACCUUGAGGGCUUUGAAGAGAUGCGUGUAGAACUUGACCAGGCUGAACUGAGGCAGAGGGAACUUCAGGGUCGUAUUCACCAGUUGGAAAUGGAAAACCAGGAGCUCCAGGCAGCUGUCAGUUUUCACAAAGAACAAGUACAGCUGGAAAAGGAGAAGAACAAUAACUACAGCGAGGAGAACUCCCGGCUGUCAAAGAUGAUCACAGAGUUACAGAAGCAGUGUGAGGUCUCACACUCCACUCAGAGCACUGUUCAUGACCUGCAGAAGUGCCUGCAUUCACUGGAACUGAAUGCCGUGGAGCAGCAGAAGGAAUAUUCAACAAAGCUGGAGCAGCUGGCAAACAGCAAGGAGGACUGUGCCUCAAAGCUGCAGGAGAUGAAUCGGGAGUUGGAGGCCUCUAGGGCUUUAGUUAGCAUGAAGGAGCUUUGCAUCGAUGAGCUUAAAGCAAAGCUAAGUUCGCAGAAGCAGAAGAACCUCGACCUCCUUGCAAAAGUUGAUGCUGCCUUGGAGGAGAAAGGUAGCAAGUCCACAGCCCAGUGUGACUCUGCCCUACAGAUGCAAGCAUUGCUAGAGAAGCUUCAGCAGGCAGAAAAGGAAAAGGCAGAUAUGCAAAAACUCAGUGAUGAACAUGCAUCUCAGCUAAAAGCCGCAAGAGAAGAGUUACAGCUAAAAGAAGAGGCACAGAGGGAGCUGGAGUCCAGAUACAAUCGCCUCGCUGCUGACUCUAAAGAAGAGAGUGAAAGGCUGCUAGGGAGCCUGGAAACCAUGGCGAAGGAAGUGGAUGCACUUCAGAAGGCCCUGACCCGUAAGGAAAGGAGAUGGCUGAGCUGCCAGACCCAGGUAAUGGGGUCGCUGGCUCAGGUGGGGUCACUGGAAAAAAAUCUUGAGGAGGAAAGGAAGGAAAAAGAGAAACUUGAGGAGGAGUACGGUAAGAGGGAAGGAGCACUGAAGGAGGAAACCCGAUCACAGGCAGAACAACUUGAACUACAGGAGAGUCGCUUAACAAAGGUGAGUCAGUCUGUGUGUAGCCUUGAGGAGGAAAAGCAAAAACUCUUGUCUGAGAAAGAGCAUCUCAGCCAGAAAGUCAAGGAGCUGGAGGAGCAGAUGGAGCAGCAAAACUUGGCAGUGACCGAAAUGGGUGAGGAGAGUAGGAAGCUGAAGGCCGAAAAUGCAGAUUUGCAGCAGUCCAAGGAGAAGAUGGAAGGGAAGCUGAAAAAUAUGGAAGCCUCUAAAGCAUCCCUGGAAGCUGAGGUGGCCAGGCUGAGAGCCUCUGAGAAACAGCUUCAGAGUGAGAUUGAUGAUGCCCUAGUGUCAGUCGAUGAAAAAGAAAAGAAGCUCCGGAGCCAGAACCAACAGCUGGAUGAAGACUUGCAGAAUGCCAGGAGACAAAGCCAAAUUCUGGAGGAGAGAUUAGAGGCUCUGCACUCAGAUUAUAAAGAACUCAAGGAAAGGGAAGAGACCACCAAGGAGUCUUAUGCCUUACUUGAAGGAGAGCUGAAGAGUGCCAAACAACACGGUUUACAAAUGGAAAAAAGCUUAGGCACCUUGAAGGAAUGCCAAGAGUCACUCCAGUCACAGCUCACAGAGAGGGAAGUAGAACUGCAAGGCAUGAAGAACCAGUGUGAGCAGCUAAGAGCAGAAGCUGAAAGACAUAGACAGAAAGCAGAGACUCUUGAGGUAGAAAAGCUCAGCGCUGAAAAUACAUGCCUCCAACAGACAAAGCUUAUUGAAUCCCUCACCUCGGAAAAGGAGUCAGUGGAAAAACACCAACUACAGCAGGCAGCUUCUCGGGAGAAGGAGGCAAAAGAGCUGGCCUCCAGGCUGAUCAUAAGUGAAGAGCAGCUGCAGGUCAACCGAGAUGAGGUGUCUAGGCUGCAAGCAGAAGUCCUUGACCUGCGAGUCAAGCUUCAACAGACCACUGAUGAGAGAGAGCAGGUGAAAAGUGAGCUGGCGAUCACCGAGACCAGCUUAGGGGAGCAGAAAGUGCUUGUCCAGCAGCUGAAAGAGCAAACUGAAUCCCUCAACAGAAACCACGUGCAAGAAUUGAUGCAAAGCAAAGAAAGAGAAGAAGUACUGAAAAAAGAGCAGGAGACAGUAGCCCAUCAAAAAGCUGAGCUGGAGAGUAAUUUGCUGAACCUGCAGGAAGAGCUCUUCAAGGUUAAGCAGUACUUGGACGUUGCUAGAAUGGAAAAUGAAGAAAACAAAGAUCUCCUCCACAGGACCAACACGGAUAUGGCUGAACUCGGUAUUCAGAUUUGUGCCUUGACCUCUGAAAAGGUGCUUGCAGAAGAGCAAUUAGCUGAGGCCACAAAGAGGCUCAAAGAACUGGAAGAACAGGCAGCAGCACAACAGGAGAGGCUGAAGCAUGACAUCUCUGAUCUCAGACAGGAGAACAAGAGCCUGCAAGAGAAACUAGAGGAGGCUCAGACACAUGCCGCAGCUGUCCCAAGUCUGCAAACACAGCUGGAGACAGCAAAGAAACAAGCACAGAGUUUCCAGGAGACCAGCCAAGAAGAGCUGUCUACAAUGAAAUUUCAAAUGAGCACAGAAAUUCUAAGUUAUCAGACAAAAUUCAAGGCUGCCAGUGAAGAAUGUGAGAAAGUAAGAGAGCAACUUGAGGAGCAGAAGCGACAACAGCAUGCUGCAGAGGAAGAGAUUGCAGAUUUACAAGCUGAGAACACAAGUUUGUCUAGAAAACUGGAUGAAGUAAGAGAGCAGCUGUCUGAAUCAGAAUCUGCCCGGCUUCAGAAGGAAGAAGAGGUGACAUCUCUGAGAGAGCUCUUGGAAAGGACCCAAAAGGAAGCUGAUGAAGCAAGAGAGCAGGCCCUGGACUACAGUGAGAAGCUCAGCAAGGUGGCAGCAGACAAAGACAGCAGUGACCAGAAAUUGUUUGCUGAGCUGGACGACCUGACAAGAACAAAACAGUUCCUUGAAGAACGCUUAAUAGAACUUAUCAGAGAUAAGGAUGCUUUGUGGCAAAAAUCAGAUGCUCUCGAGUUCCAGCAGAAGCUUAGUGCAGAGCAAAGGUGGCAGGGGGACACAGAGGUUAACCAUUGCCUGGACUGCCAGAGAGAAUUCUCAUGGAUGGUGCGUCGACACCACUGCAGAAUGUGUGGUCGCAUUUUCUGCUACUAUUGCUGCAACAACUACAUGGUGACAAAACCUGGUGGGAAGAAGGAGCGUUGCUGCAGAGCUUGCUUUAGUAAGCCCAGAGUGAUCGUGGACAAUACAGAUGACUCUGGAUCCAGUGUCAACCAGGAAGGAUCCCCAGGUUCAUUGGAAUCACCACUGUCGCCCGAAGAGAGGGCUUUUGUUGCAAGUGAAGCCUCUAAACCACCAGACGAUGCAGCGUUUGAUAUAAUCACGGAUGAGGAGUUGUGCCAAGUACAAGAAUCAGACUCACUCCACAGUGAAAGUCAGAUGGAGAGAGACUCUCUGGAUCAAAGCGUGACAGAUCUAAACAGCACGUGCAAUUCUUCGACCUAUGAUGAAUCAGAAGAGUGGCAAGUUGCUCAAGAUGCUGAGAUAAGCUUGUUGAAGUCAGGAGAAAUCAUGAUCAAGCUGCCCCUUACAGUGGAGGAGAUCUUGAAUUUUGGGGAAGGCAACAGGGAGCUGUUCAUUAAAUCCAGCACUUACAGUAUCAUUCCCAUCACCGUUACAGAGAUGGGGCUAACAAUAAGCUGGGUAUUUUCUUCAGACCCUAAAAGCAUCUCCUUCAGCGUUGUCUACCAAGAAUCAGAAGACACACCACUGGAUCAGUGCAAAGUUCUUAUUCCAAUGACCCGCUGCAAUUCUCAUAAGGAAACUAUCAGAGGACAGGUGAAAGUUCGAAACUCCGGAAUCUACACACUGAUAUUUGACAACACAUUCUCCAGAUUUAUCUCAAAAAGAGUGUUUUAUCACUUGACUAUUGAGCGACCUGUCAUCUAUGAUGGAAGUGAUUUUCCAUAGCCUUGAAUAUACUGUGUUAUUUUUAACUACAUUUUUAAGAAAAGCUAUUAUUUAUGUAUAUGUAAGCAUUAUGAUGACCACUGUUUGAAGAUUUUGAAACUAUGCAAUAGUUAUAAUGCACUUAGAGAGCAUGUAUACAUUAGAAGAACAAAGCCUUUUUAGGAACACUAAUGGUUCUGUACUGUGUACAGAUUGCUCAAAAGCCAUGUUGUUUGAUUUAACAGGUCAAAUAAUGUUCCAACCAUAUUAUUAUUUUUUUCCGUGGGGAGAAAAAUAAGUGUGGAGGUGUCUAAAUGCAAACUGAAAUUCUCUACUGAAAAUUGAAUGACUUUUCUUCCAAAAAUAUCCUUCAAAAGGAAAUUUAAAGAAAAAAAGUGUAUUUUUGUUCACCUCUUCACCGAGGAGUAAACAUAACCAUUUCUGUUCUGCUCUACUGCUCUUACAGUCAGAGCAGCAACUAUGCAAUACUCCAGUCUUCACAGGCAUAUACUGUAAUCCAUCUAGAAUUUUUUAUCUUUUUCAAUUUUUAUAAACAGCAAAUGUAGAGGUUUUUUACAUAUUGGACUAAGAUUUGGUAAGUCUUAACUGGCUUUUAUAAAUGCUCUGGUAUUGCAUACCAGUUACAAAGCAAUGAAACACGAAGCAGCAAUUCCUUUCACUUUUGCUCACCAUACUCUGUAAGUUGUUCCACUGAAAUAAGCUCUUACGGUGAGUACCAGUGGCAGAAUCAGGGGUACAAUUUGUAGAAUAAAGUACUGCUCACUGUGUGACACUAGAAAGAGGAGCAUUCCUUUUUCCUGCUCUAGCACCUUAGUCUAUCACGUUCACGUGAAAGCACAGUCUCUGAGGAGGCCAGUGCUGCCUCUCUCUCUAGACUGAGUGGAAGGUAGCAGUAAUGGUUGAAUCAGUCUCAGAAGGUCCGUCUGAAAGCGAAUGCACAUCCAGCCCUAAUGAGCUCUCUGUGGGGGAUCUGAUUCUCCAACAAUAGAGCGGUUGUUUGAAAAUAGAGAUCCACCAUACAAGUGUUUGACAUUUACACUGCAAAAAAAAUUUACACUGCAGCUGAGGUAGAGGAAAAUUUCUGAUCACAGAAAAGAAAACAUUACUGCUGAUGAAGGUUGCUAAUCAUUCAUCCCAGUUGUUAGCAAUGCAUAAAUACUUUGAUCUUUGGUCAAAAUACUUUGAUCAAAAGACUGUGAAAGAAUGACUGCCCUUCAUGGGCCACCUAGAUUUUAGGUUGCACACACAGGGCUUUCUGAGAAGGAAUUGCAGUCUGGGUGGUGCCAAGCCAAAGUCAGGGGGCCUUCAGCUAGGCUGCUGGCUCAUGGCAAGCUUUCUCUUCAGAUGCCUCUUCCCAGUACGGGAGACGUGCUGUGCUGGGCAGAGGGGUCAGUGAAAGGUGCGAGCUGGCUUCCUCCUCCUCCUGAGCUAACGGGCUACCAUGCAGUUAGACCCGUUCCUGGCUGUGUGCACGAAGAUGAGAUGGACAAGAGACUGAAACAGGCAAUAAACGACGCACUGAUCCCUUCAUGAGUUAUGGCAGAUUUCAGCAUCGAAGCUGUGUUUUAUAUUUAAUGAGGCAAGAAGAAAUUAUUUAUUGCUUAAAAGCGGAAUACUGUGUACCAUAUGCUAUGCAAUUUUCACAGGGCUGUUACUGAAGUCUGCUGCAGUUUUCCUUUAAGCUUUUAGGUUUGAUUUUUAAAAGUGUUUUGCUGUUGUAUUACUUAGUAUACUAAUCUUAAUAGGGUAUCUUUCUUAAAAUGCCAAAUGUAAGUUAAAGGGACACUGUCAAAUGUCUUAGGCCAAAAUAUAUAUCUCUGCUCGGAAGUAUUUCUUAUCUCUAUUCAGAAUUAUUUGACAGGCUUGCCUCUGGAUUUCCUCUGCAUCCUAGCUCUUAAUAUUUUUUUCAUCAGGUGGCAAAUAUUCUUAAGCCAAUGUUUAUGUAAUUCUUAAAGUCUAUGGCUCCAUCUAGUAAGCCAGAUUUUCCUCUGCAAGUUUUCCUUGUACACAGUCCUGAGGCUUGCUGAAACUUGUGUUUGGGAGGCAGGAAAUAAAAACACUGGAUUAUGUUUAUUUAGCAUUUGAGUCUUUACAGUACCGUAGCUGCCUCAUGAGAGUAGUUUCAUGGCUUUUUUACUCUCUGAAAGAGGACUAGGAGGGGCAGCCAGGACCUGUGGUUUGUAGAUGAAAAGAAAAUGUUUGCUUUUAACAGGGGAGAGUAUUUAAGCAGAAGUUUCAAUAGAGGAAAUACUCAAACGGUAAGGUGCAACAAGCAGACAAGAUUGCAGCUGUCUGAAGGAACUGUUCAAGAGCAGGAAACCCACUGUCAUCUAGAUGAGAGACUUCCACCUCAGAGGCUGUGCAGAGAAGACAGUAAAGAACCUGUCUUCACUACCAAACUUUGUUUGAUUGUCCCAGAAACCUGAUGGAGGACUUGUCAGAAGUGUAGGUUUGUGCAAGAGGUUCAGUCGAGGUCUUUAUAUCCCCAUUCACAAAGAACCUGUUCGUGUGAGGUAUGCCUUUGACACUAAUAAACCUUUAUACCCACAGAUACUCAGGUGUUUUGUUGAAUUUGGCCUUUUAUUAAUAGAUCAUCCCCAGCAAUGCAAUUAAGGGAAAAGAAAGUUUUAAAAUCAAUCACAAAAUUGAUUUAAGGGGAUGUUACACCCACAGGAGAGAGAGUGUAUGUUGUGGUCAGCUUAAACAAUUGGGCAUUUUUCCUGUGUACUGGAGCAGUGAAGGAUAAUAUUAUUUUUUUUGUUGUUAUGCAGAGGUUUGUGCAGAGGAAAGAAUAUAGUUGCUUUAAGAAAAUGACAAUGUUCUUUUACUCAACAUUAUUCAGUGUUGCUGUAUGAAAAAUCACUGAGAUAUAUUGCACAAGGUUGUACCACAGUACAAAGCAGCAAAGCUA